AUGGCGGGUGCGGUAACGUUUCCCAGCCGAGUUCAGAAAUUUUUUCUCGGGUCACGUUUGCGGUAUGAGGCUUAGUGUUAUCCUGCAAAAAUAUCACUUUCUUCCGAUUGAUCGAAGAAGGCUGUUUCUGUUAGUUAGCACUGAUGAUCUGACACCUUUCCAAACACUCAUAAUGGACAAUUCCAGUUGCUGUCCACCAAACACACAACAAAACCUUGUUUGCGUGCCAAGAAGCCUUUGGCGUGUGUGGUACCAAAUCAGUAGGCGACAAUUAAUAAUGAUACUAACGCCUGGAAUUCGAAUACAAGAUCCAUUUUUCGUCGCAGGUUAAUAACCGAUUAAGAAAUAGUUCAUUAGUGUUGCGUGAAAUCUUUGCUUAACAAAUGGUAAGACGACUGAUGAAGAUGCAAACGAAUAGUUUCAGGACUCACUCUGAACAUUUCUGCAAGUUCUUGGUACGUUGUCCUGGAAUUUGCGUCCACAACCUGUUGAAGAUUCUCGUUGUUCAUGAUUUUUUGUCUCCUUGAGCGCG